GUUUACAAUUCUAGUGACCUACUAUGCAUUGCGUAACCUCAGAUUGGUGACAAUUGUUAUGGCCAGUCAGCCAGCCCCUCCUGCGCCCUUUGGGACCCGGGCUAUCACCGCUGCGCUGGGCUCGGAGCUGGAAAGUUCAAUGCGCGCGGCCAUCACCUCUGGGGGAAAGACGGAGAGCUCAGAUUCCGCUUGCAUAGAAUCGGAAGACAGUAUCAGACGGGAAGAUCAGGAGGCAAUAACCACCCUGGCGCGCAGCCUUUCACAGUUAUCCAGUAAAAGCAGCACCGGCGAGGGGACGAAUACCUUCCUUGAUCCUACUAGCGACCCGGAGCUGGACCCCAAUUCGGAUCAGUUCAACUCGCGGAAAUGGACGAAGAACUUACUCAGAAUCACCUCGCGUGAUCCAGAUCGCUAUCCUCGCCGCACGGCCGGCGUCUCCUUUCGCAACUUGAACGUCUUCGGCUACGGAACUGCAGCUGAUUACCAGACAAAUGUCGCAAACAUGUGGCUGAAAGGAUUCGGUUGGCUUCGAGAAAAGCUCGGUUGUGGGAAGAAAGUCAGAAUUGAUAUUCUUCGCAACUUCGAGGGAUUCGUUCACAGCGGCGAGCUGCUGGUAGUACUUGGCCGCCCUGGAAGUGGUUGCUCGACCUUUCUCAAGACCAUUGCAGGCGAGACUCACGGCUUAUGGCUCGACCAUGGAACAGAUAUUCAAUAUCAGGGUAUAUCUUGGGAUGAGAUGCAUAGCCGUUUCCGAGGUGAAGUCAUAUACCAAGCGGAAACCGAAAUUCACUUCCCUCAACUCUCAGUAGGCGAUACGUUGCACUUUGCAGCACAUGCUCGUACACCAUCCAACAGAUUUCCGGGUGUGACUAGAGAGCAGUACGCAACCCAUAUGCGCGAUGUUGUCAUGGCAAUGUUGGGUCUGAGCCAUACCAUAAACACGCGUGUGGGUAAUGAAUAUAUCCGAGGUGUGUCCGGAGGGGAAAGGAAGCGUGUCAGUAUAGCUGAGACCAUAUUGUGCGGGUGUCCUUUGCAAUGUUGGGACAACAGUACGCGCGGCCUGGAUAGCUCAACGGCUUUGGAGUUCGUCCGUAAGUUACGGCUUUCCACGGACUAUACAGGGUCUACCGCAAUUGUGGCAAUCUACCAAGCUAGUCAAGCUAUCUAUGAUAUAUUUGACAAGGUCAUUAUUCUCUACGAAGGCCGGCAAAUAUACUUCGGGCGCUCCGGGGAUGCCAGACAGUUCUUCAUCGAAAUGGGAUUUGAUUGCCCAGACCGACAAACCACUGCCGAUUUCUUAACUUCCUUGACCAGUCCAACGGAAAGAAAGGUUCGUGGAGGUUAUGAGCGCUUGGUGCCUCGUACCCCUGAUGAGUUUGCUGCUCGAUGGAGAGACAGCGCUGAGAGAAAGCAGCUGCUCGCUGACAUUGAGGCUUUUCAGCACGAGUUCCCGUUAGGAGGAGAAAAAUUGACAGAAUUCAACCGCUCUCGUGCGGCCGAAAAGGCUAAAAGGACACGGGCAAGAUCACCCUACACGCUAUCGUACCCUAUGCAAGUUCGACUGUGCCUUCGCAGAGGGUUUCAGCGUCUCAAGGGUGAUAUGAGUAUGACCUUGGCUGGUGUUAUCGGCAAUAGUGUCAUGGCCUUGGUUAUCUCUAGCGUGUUCUACAACCUUGGGCCUACGACAGAUAGUUUCUUCCAACGAGGAGCCCUGAUUUUCUUUGGAAUAUUGUUGAACGGAUUCGCAAGUGCGCUCGAGAUCCUUACUCUAUGGCAGCAACGACCGAUAGUAGAGAAGCAUGAUAAGUACGCUCUCUAUCAUCCAUCGGCAGAGGCAAUCAGUUCCAUGAUUGUUGAUCUUCCUUCGAAAGCAAUCGUCUCAGUGGUAUUCAAUCUAUUCCUUUAUUUCAUGUCCAAUUUACGCCGUACCCCUGGACACUUCUUUGUGUUCUACUUAUUCUCCGUGACAACUACUUUGACCAUGUCCAACAUCUUCCGUUGGACAGGAGCGAUUUCGCGAUCUAUGGCCCAGGCGAUGGUACCUUCUUCGAUCUUCAUGCUGAUUCUCGUGAUAUACACGGGUUUUACGAUCCCGGUCCGCAAUAUGCAUCCCUGGUUCCGAUGGUUGAACUACUUGGACCCAAUAGCUUAUGCUUUCGAGUCUCUCAUGAUCAACGAAUUUAGUGAGCGUCGUUUCCCGUGUGCAGUUUAUGUACCUUCGGGGCCAGGCUACGAAGAUGCUCCUAUUAGCUCCAAGAUCUGCAGCCAGAAUGGUGCAGUGGCCGGUCAAGACUACAUUGAUGGCGACAGAUACCUGAAUGUUUCUUUUCAAUACUACCGAUCUCACCUUUGGCGCAACUAUGGCAUUCUAUUGGGUUUUAUGUUCUUCUCCCUCGCACUUUACAUCAUCAGCAGUGAACUGGUCCGCGCGAAGCCUUCGAAAGGCGAAAUUCUGGUCUUUCCUCGCGGGAAGAUUCCUGCAUUUGCAAGACGGAUCCCUGGUGACGGGGAUGUGGAAAGCUGUCCAGCCUCGGAGAAGUACGCCGUCGAUGGUGAAGAGCCUGACCAUACAGCCGCCAUUGUCAAACAAACAUCCAUCUUUCACUGGCAAGAUGUCUGCUACGAUAUCAAGGUCAAGGGGCAGCCACGCAGGAUCCUUGAUCAUGUGGAUGGAUGGGUUAAACCAGGCACCUUGACUGCCUUGAUGGGUGUAACUGGAGCCGGGAAGACAUCUCUCCUCGAUGUAUUAGCCAACCGGGUGACCAUGGGCGUGGUUACUGGCGAUAUGUUAAUUGACGGGAGGAUGCGGGAUGAUUCCUUUCAGAGGAAAACUGGUUAUGUCCAACAGCAAGAUUUGCACUUGGAAACAACCACGGUGCGGGAAGCCCUCAUAUUCAGCGCACUUCUUCGUCAGCCAGCUACUACACCGCGAAAGGAAAAGCUCGCGUACGUGGAAGAGGUGAUCAAAAUGCUGAACAUGGAAGCUUACGCAGAAGCCAUUGUCGGCGUUUUGGGUGAGGGCUUGAACGUUGAGCAGAGGAAAAGAUUGACCAUCGGAGUAGAAAUCGCAGCCAAGCCCGACCUACUUCUAUUUUUCGACGAGCCCACUUCAGGACUCGACAGUCAAACUGCAUGGUCUAUCUGCUCCCUUAUGCGAAAGCUAGCAGAUCAUGGACAAGCAAUCCUAUGUACCAUUCAUCAACCAUCAGCAAUCCUAAUGCAGCAGUUCGAUCGGCUGCUAUUCCUAGCAAAGGGCGGCAAGACGGUGUACUUUGGAGAGCUUGGACCGAACAUGGAGACCUUAAUAAAAUACUUCGAGGGGAAAGGCUCUUCAAAAUGUCCCCCGAACGCUAACCCUGCCGAGUGGAUGUUGGAAGUAAUUGAAGCUGCCCCAGGAUCCCAUGCUGACCGAGAUUGGACAGAGAUGUGGAAUCAAAGUCCUGAGCGCACUCAGGUACGUCUAGACCUUGCCGAGAUGAAGCAAGAACUACUGCAGCGGCCACCACCUCCUCGGAUGGUGGGAUAUGGAGCGUUUGCCAUGCCUCUUUGGGCGCAAUUUGCCCUUUGUCUGCAGCGGAUGUUCCAACAAUAUUGGCGUAGUCCUUCAUACAUCUACUCAAAGGCUGUCAUGUGUGUUAUACCACCGAUAUUUAUUGGCUUCACGUUUUGGCGAGAGCCGAACAGUCUUCAAGGGUUACAGAACCAGAUGUUCGCCAUUUUCAUGCUGUUGAUCAUCUUUCCCAACUUGGUGCAACAGAUGAUGCCAUACUUCGCAAGACAGCGAGCUCUGUAUGAAGUUCGAGAAAGGCCCUCCAAAACGUAUUCUUGGGUAGCUUUCAUAUUAGCCAGCGUUCUGGUCGAGUUGCCCUGGAACAUACUCAUGGCUGUUCCGGCGUACUUCUGCUGGUACUAUCCAAUCGGCCUCUAUCGCAACGCCAUUCCAACGCAUACGGUCACCGAAAGAGGUGGCACCAUGUUUCUUCUCGUUCUAAUCUUUAUGGUGUUUACCUCAACAUUCAGUUCUAUGGUCAUCGCAGGCAUUGAACAGCCAGAUACAGGUAGCAACAUCGCCCAACUUCUGUUCUCGUUCUCGUUCUGCCUGAUCUUUAAUGGCGUCCUGGCCACCCCGUCUGCCCUUCCUCGCUUUUGGAUUUUCAUGUACCGGGUUUCACCCUUCACCUAUCUGGUAUCCUCCGUCUUAAGUGUGGGCAUCGCAGGAAAUGACGUUGAGUGCUCCGAUAUUGAGCUGCUGCAUAUCCCACCUCCAACGGGACAAAACUGCUCCGGUUACCUAGACGAAUAUGUUCGCAACUACCAAGCAACCCUACUCAAUCCCGAAGAUACCACCGAACGCCUUGUGUGCUCGAUCUCGAAGACCGAUCAGUAUCUGAGCGCACUGAGCAUGAGCUACUCGGACCGGUGGCGUAAUGUGGGUAUUCUCUUCGCGUUCAUUGUGUUCAACGCUAUCGCAGCCGUUUUCUUGUACUGGCUGGUGCGAGUGCCGAAGAAGAAAUCGGUCAAGGAGAAGGAAGAGUAGGCUGGAAGGACAGGAAAGAUAGAUGGAGAAGCCUAGAUUGGCAUGGCAGAGGCUAGAUCAUCUUCUUACAAAGUAGAGUAGAUAUGGGGGUAUUUGGCUUGCAUAGUUACUAGUCUUAGCUCCUUCGUAUGUCGGAUAGUCAUCGCUAGUCUACAGGCCAUGGUCUUUACAUCUAAUAUGAAUGCCAC